AUGAUUUUUCCAAAGGCUUGUUGCAGUUUUCUUUGGAUAUACCUUGUUACAGAGGCAUGUUUUUCUGUUCUAACAUGUUAUGCUGACCAGGCUUCAACUCUGGUUGUAGAUGCUUCUGAUUCAUCUGGAAGGCCAAUUCCUGACACUCUUUUCGGAGUGUUUUUUGAGGAAAUCAAUCAUGCUGGUGCUGGUGGAUUGUGGGCAGAGCUUGUAAACAACAGAGGUUUUGAAGCUGGGGGCACAAAAAGUUCAUCAAAUAUUGCACCCUGGACUAGAGUUGGGAAAGAACAAACCGUUUUCCUACAAACUGAACUUAGCUCUUGCUUUGAACAAAACAAGGUUGCAUUGAAAAUGGAUGUGCUGUGUGACAAUUGUGAUGGUGUUGGUGUCUCAAACCCUGGUUUUUGGGGCUUGAAUAUUGUGGAAGGGAAGAAAUACAAAGUUGUGUUCUUUGUUAAAUCAAAUGGAGCACUAGAGAUGACAGUAUCAUUCAGAGAAACUAAAGGUGGAAGGAUAUUAGCUUCUGGCGAUAUCAUUGGUUCUGCAUCAGAAGUUUCAAAAUGGAAAAGAAUGGAGACUAUAUUAGAAGCUGGUGCAUCAAGCUCCUACUCAAGUUUGUAUUUAACAACAACGAAAAAAGGGGUUAUAUGGUUGGAUCAAGUGUCUGCUAUGCCUGUGGACACAUAUAAGGGACAUGGUUUCCGAAGUGACUUGGUUAACAUGCUAUUAGACUUGAAACCAGCCUUUUUAAGAUUUCCAGGUGGCUGUUUUGUUGAAGGAGAAACAUUAAAAAAUGCAUUUCGGUGGAAAGCUAGUGUUGGAGGGUGGGAAGAGAGACCAGGCCAUUUUAACGAUGUUUGGGGUUAUUGGACAGAUGAUGGAUUUGGUUUUUUUGAGGGUCUUCAACUAGCAGAAGACAUUGGUGCAAAACCACUGUGGGUAUUUAACACUGGCAUCAGCCAUAGUGAUGAAAUUGAUACAAAGGACAUCGCAGCUUUUGUGCAAGAAGCCCUAGAUGGUAUUGAGUUUGCAAUAGGUGCAGUUACUUCAAAAUGGGGUUCCCUUAGGGCAUCUAUGGGGCACCCUCAGCCAUUUGACCUAAACUAUGUUGGUGUUGGAAAUGAAGAUUGUUUCAAGAAAAACUACCAAGGAAACUACCUAGCUUUCUACAAGGCAAUAAAAGCUGCUUAUCCAAAGAUGCAAAUAAUUUCAAACUGUGAUGCUUCGUCCAAACCGUUAAAUCAUCCAGCCGAUAUGUAUGAUUAUCACACUUAUCCUAAAGAAUCUCAAAGCAUGUUUAUCAACGCAGGCGUGUUUGAUAAGACGCCACGAAAUGGUCCAAAGGCUUUUGUGAGUGAGUAUGCUCUAACGGGAGAACAAGCUAAUUAUGGAACUCUUUUGGGAGCUGUAUCUGAAGCUGGAUUCCUUAUUGGAUUAGAAAGAAACAGUGAUCAUGUGAUGAUGGCCAGCUAUGCUCCACUUUUUGUAAAUGCAAAUGACAGGCAGUGGAACCCAGAUGCAAUUGUUUUUAAUUCCUUUCAGGUUUAUGGAACUCCCAGCUAUUGGGUGCAGUUUAUGUUUAGAGAGUCAAAUGGAGCAACGCUUCUCAAAUCACAAUUUCAAACACCACAUCCUGAUUCAGUUGCUGCAUCUGCAAUUCUUUGUAAAAAUUCACAAGACCAAAAAUCUUACUUCAAAAUAAAGGUUGCAAACGUGGGUAAGAGUCCAAUAAAUGUGAAGAUUACUCUGAAAGGAAUUGAGAGUUCAAAUGUAGCGAAGGCAACAAAGACAGUGCUCACAUCUGCAAAUGCAUUUGAUGAGAACAGCUUUGCAUACCCAAAAAAGAUAGUACCAAAAAGAAAUCCACUCAAGAGUGGUAGCACAGAGAUCAAUGACAUACUUCCUCCAGUUUCAUUCACAGUAUUUGAUUUAUUGAAAAUCAAUUAAUGUUUAGAAGACCAUAAAAAUUAAUUUUAGUAAUUUUAGUAUACACGUCCA